GGUGGUCAUCUCGUUGUGGAUCGGCUCGGUUCUCUUCCCCGGGUCGACCGGAUCGCGGUCGCGGCAGACCUCCUCUCCGCGGCGAAAACAGAUAUUCUCCCGUACCUCUUUUUUUUUUCCCCCCUGCCAACCUGCGCGGCGGGGAGGGAAGAUCGAUUCGAAGCCGUCGCUCAUCGGCCGCGCACGCGGGACGACGACGCGCGAUUGACAGUUGGAACGCGAGGACGGACGGGCAGGUGGACAGUGACAGGUAGACAGUCACCAGAGCGGGCUGCGGGACGACGCGCACGACGGGUCGUAGGUCGCGCGAUGACGUAGGGGUGGCCGAUAUCUCGCGGCGAACGACGGACGGUGGGCGGUGCGGUGCGAAUGGCACGAUCGGCGCUACUUGGCUGACGCGAUCGCGAUGGGAAUUGUAUCGGGAAUGCAGGCUCGCGCACGCGGAUCUCGUUGAUUCUCCGGCAAUUGUCUGUCGCGCGAGCGCCUUUCUCGUCGCGUACGGCCGCGAUAACAGAUCACCUACAUUCCCUUUUUACGGUGCACACGAACGCGCCCAGCGCGUUCGAUAUUCGGAGGAUUUUUCGUCGCCCGUAGCUCGACCAUUGACAGCAGGCAUCGCGUUGGUAUCGCGAAUCGCGAGUAGAAAUCCACGCUGAGAUCCCUCACUCGGGCCGUCUCUACCCUCCCGACUUCGAUUUCUCCGUUGCCAGAUAAAUCCUGCCCGCGAGGUCGCCGAGGAUCGAUCAUCGUGACCUAACCUAAGCUAACCUUGAAGGCGUGAACUUAUUCAUCGCUAACUCCGAUCGCGAGAGACGUGAGAUUCUAACGUGACACCGCGAGUACUGUCCAGUGGACAUCGAUCCCCCAAAAUGAGCACUCCUCAGACUCCAGGUAUGGACCCCUGGGUGAUCCAACCAAGAGAAAGACUAAGAUACCAAGAGCAAUUUGACUCGUUGAAACCGAUCAAUGGAAUUGUCACCGGCGAGCAGGCGAAAGGAUUCCUCCUCAGAUCUCAACUCCAGCCUGCUAUUCUCGGACAGAUAUGGGCAUUAUCGGAUACAGACGCGGACGGGAAGAUGGAUAUAAACGAGUUCAGUAUUGCGUGCAAGUUGAUCAAUUUGAAACUGCGCGGUUUCGAAAUUCCCAACGUACUGCCACCUGUUCUUAUACAGAGCUUGAAGUCUUUCCCGACCGGCGACGCUAACCUGACUGGAUUGCCGAAUGGUUCUACCGUUCCAAGCAACCUUAGCUCUCUAGUAAAUUUAAGCGGACCUCAACCGAUGGUAUCUCAGACCGUAGCAAGCGCGAUACCCACGGCUGGAAGUACCCUUAUAGCAUUACAACAAAAUAGACAGAAUGUGGCUUCAAGCACACAUGCCACAACUCAUAUACCGUCUAAGCCACCCGCUCGACCCGCGCCACCUUCUGUGGGAAUCGCACCUCCCCUCAAUACCACAUCCGGUGGUCCCCCGCAAAGACCUGCACCACCUGCAAGUAUCGGGAAUAAUUUUACGGCAACGACGGGUGGCCCGCCACCAAAACCAUCACCACCCUCGUUUCCAAAUAGUCCUGUUGCAGUAGGAAUCUCACCCCCAAUGAAAGUUACGAGUUCCGUCAUUGGUCCCUCGUCUGUUGGUUCUUCGUCUCCAUCUCUACCUGCCUCUGGAAUAGGUAUCCCAUCAGCGGCGCCUAUCGCCCCUUUAAACACAACUCCCGUACCAAUGGCUGCCUUUAAUAUGGCACAACCAAUGCCGACACAGCCUAUAGGCAUGGUUAGUGCAGGUAUGAUUGCUCCCAUGACCGGCAUUCCUAAUAUGGUGCCAUCCAUUGGAUCAAUAAAUACUGGUACUGGAGUUGCUCCAUCAGUAGCGUUACCAUUAGUAUCCUCGACAACUGCAAACGGUGCAUUGGUCAACGGCGCGAUAACACAAACGCCAGUAUCCACGAAUACACCUUUGAGCACAACAGCACGUCCACCAAGUAUAGACAGAAUAGGCUCCAUGGAUUCGCAGCACUCGGUUGGCUCCCCGCAGUCUACGGAAUGGGCGGUGCCGCAUCAGACCAAAUUAAAAUAUACUCAGAUGUUUAAUACUUGUGACCGAACGAGAUCUGGCUUUUUAUCUGGGCCUCAAGCAAGAAAUAUCAUGGUGCAGUCGCAACUGCCACAAAACAUACUCGCUCAGAUAUGGGCUCUAUCCGAUAUGGAUUCGGAUGGACGUUUAGGUUCCGAGGAAUUUGUGCUUGCGAUGCAUCUUUGCGAUGUCGCUAAAACCGGCGAAACUAUACCUCCGACGCUUCCACUAGAACUUAUUCCACCCACAUUUAGACGGCAACGUCAGAGCAGUUUAACGCUAUCUCAAAAUGCAACGGAAAAUAUCGAUCCACUGGCGGGCAUGCCGCAGACUUCAUUCGAAGAUAAACGUAAAGAGAACUUCGAGAAAGGUCAAGCGGAAUUAGAACGUAGGCGUAAAGCGUUAUUAGAGAUUCAGCGAAAGGAACAGGAAGAACGGGAGCGCAAAGAGAGGGAGGAGGCCGAGAAACAGGAGAAAAUAAGACUGGAGCAGGAGAGGCGUAGACAGGCGGAAAUCGAGAAACAAAUGCAGAGGCAAAAGGAGAUUGAACAGGAGAAGGAGGAACAGCGAAAACGUGCGCAGGAACAAAAAGAGGCAGCACGCAAGGAAAUGGAGAGGCAACGGCAAUUGGAGUGGGAAAAACAGAAAUCGCAAGAAUUGCAAGCACAAAGGCAAAAAGAGCAGGACAUUCUUCUCAAGUUGAAAGCUAAGAAUCAGACCUUGACCAUCGAACUUGGAACACUUAACGACAAAGUAAAGGAAUUGUCACAAAAGAUUUGUGAUACUCGGGUAGGAGUGUCGGGUGUCAAAACGACUAUCGAUGGCAUGAGAUCAACGAGAGACACGCAGCUACAGGAAAUGGCCGCGUUAAAGAAUAAACUUCGGGAACAAAAUCAAAGAUUGCUAGCGUUGAGUCAAGAGAAGGCGCGUAUCGAGGCGAGAAAUAAGAUCAAUGCGGCGCAAGAUGCAGCCGGGCAAGAGGCUAUUAAAAUGGCGUUUGACAAUAAACAAAUUACUCUUAAGCAGAUGAAAGACAAAAUAGCAGAUUUACAGCAGCAGAUUGAUUCUAAGAUGUCCGAUAUUGAAAAUAAUAAUGGUCAGCUUGAGGAUAUUAAGACACAAAUGAAAAAUCUAGUAGGGGAUUGUAAAACACUCUACGUCACUUUCGAUGAAAAGAAGAAGAAAGUAAUCGAACUUCGGUCAGGUGGUAAUGCCUCGGCUGCCGACUUUGCCACGUCCGCAUGGGGAGACAGCGGUUGGGGAGAACCUCCUUCCAGCGACACAGCUUGGCCUGUCAAUGAAGACACUACUGCAAGCUCAGUGAAUGAAGCUGACGUUAUAGGCGUCCGCAAAUACAGAGCUCUUUACGAAUUUGUGGCGCGAAAUCAAGACGAGAUAUCGUUUCAACCUGGCGAUAUUAUACUGGUACCACCUGUGCAAAAUGCUGAACCGGGAUGGAUGGCGGGAGAAAUUCGUGGUCACACCGGCUGGUUUCCCGAAUCUUACGUGGAGCCGGUGGAUACUGGUGCAACUACUGACUUGGACAACGAACGUACUUUCAUACAACAAGACAGCGUAGAGAAGAGAACGUUAGAAGGAAUAGCGGAGGUUCCCGAGAACGUAUCCGACGCGGGAUCAUUAGGGGGAGAAGCCCCGGUAGUGGAAGCUAUUAUACCUACGUUAGGAUUAGGUACAUCUUGCAAUAUACAAGUCACCGCUUUGUUUCCUUAUCGACCUACUAUGGAGCAACAUCUUUCUUUCGAAAAAGGAGAAACUAUCACUGUUACUGAGCAGCAGGACGACUGGUGGUACGGUUCAUCCAGCACUAGAAAUAAGGGUUGGUUCCCCAAGUCGUACGUGAGAGAAGUAAUCGCAAGUAGCAAAGACACUGCUGUUGACGGUCUUAAUGAAUAUUACGUUGCCCUUUACCGAUACGAUUCGUCCGAAGCCGGCGAUCUUAAUUUCAAUCAAGGGGACGUUAUGGUAGUUACGAAGAAGGACGGCGAAUGGUGGACUGGUUGUAUAGGGAACAAAAGCGGAAUCUUUCCAUCUAAUUACGUGGAGAAGUGCGACGCUCCCAAUCAAGGUGCGCCUACUAACGUUCAGUCUGCCGUUGCUGCAACUGCGGGAAUAAAGGACGAAGCUGAUAUCUCGACGACCGCAGGAUUGCAAGUAGAGAAAACGGCGGAGCAGCUAGAAGACGAGAGAGCAGCUGCUGAGGAUAGAGCGGAAUUACCGGACUUUACUGCUAUGGCCGCACAGCAGUAUUACAAGAGAGGAAGAAAACCAGAAAUUGUUCAAGUUAUCGCACCCUACCAAGCAACAAGUUCAGAACAGUUAGACUUGCAAAGAGGACAAUUAAUAAUGAUUCGUAAAAAGACUGAUAGUGGUUGGUGGGAAGGAGAGCUUCAGGCACGCGGUAAAAAGAGACAAGUUGGUUGGUUCCCGGCAACUUAUGUUAAACCCUUAACCAGUAGCAGUAAUAGAAGUACACCUGUCUCACAUGGAUAUCAAGAUUCUCCAACGGAUCCGAAUAUUGAACGCGUUAUGGCUCUGUAUCCCUACCAAGCUCAAAAUGAGGAUGAAUUGAGCUUCGAAAAAGGCGACGUUAUAUCGGUACUUGCUAAGGAAGAGGCGUCAUGGUGGAGGGGUGAAUUGAACGGUGUAUCCGGCGUCUUUCCGAGCAACUACGUAUCACCUAUGUCGAAUGAAUUGAUGAUCGAUACAAUGAUGUAUCACGAUCCCAUGGAGAGAAAACGUCAGGAACAUAUCAAAGAGUUAAUUGUAACUGAACAAGCUUACAUAGAGGACAUGAGACUAGUACAUGAGGUGUUUGAGAAACCGUUAAUCGAAAGUUUAGUCCUAAGUGUCGACGAGAUAGAGAGAAUAUUUAUCAAUUGGAGAGAUAUUAUUGCAUGUAACGAUAAUUUCUUGAGGACUCUAAGGAUACGAAGGGAUAACAGCUAUAACGGGGUAGUUCGAAUGAUCGGUGAUAUACUGUGCGAAAAUAUACCUAGGAUGUCGGCUUACAUAAGAUUUUGCAGCUGCCAAAUAUCUGCUGCGACGUAUCUGCAACGUUUGACGGAGACCUUGCCGGAAUUCGUUCAGGUCGCGCAGGCAUGUCAGCAAGACCCGCGUACGAAGGGAAUGCCGCUGAGCUCGUUUUUGAUUAAGCCGAUGCAAAGGAUAACAAAAUAUCCGCUCAUCAUCAACAAAAUUUUAGAACAUACGCCGGUCGAUCAUCCCGACAGGCAGUAUCUGCAGGAAGCCCUGGCCAAAUCCGAGGAGUUUUGUACUCAGGUAAACGAAGGCGUUAGGGAAAAGGAAAAUAGCGACAGACUGGAAUGGCUACAAACUCACGUUUUAUGCGACGGUCUUGAAGAACAGCUCAUCUUCAAUUCCUUGACGAAUUCCUUAGGACCGCGAAAACUGUUACAUUUCGGUAUACUUCAUAAGUCAAAAAGCGGUAAAGAACUCGUCGGCUUCCUCACGAAUGACUUUCUACUAUUCGUUCAACCAAUGAAAUUCUCCUUGAAUUGUCAACAAUUUUCAUUCGACCGUAAUGAGCAUCAAAAAUUUAAGAUGUACAGGAAGCCGAUAUUUCUCAACGAAUUGUCUUUGUCCGGAGAAAGCGACGGAAACAGUAGCCUGAGCGGAAGUGACGCAGCGGACAAUUCAUCGAAAACUCUAAGACUGAAAGAUCAAAAGAAGCCAAUAAUAUUAUUAGCGCCGUCUGCAAAUGAAUGUUCAUUGUGGUCGAAACGAAUCGUAGAAGCGCGCAGGAGGUUUUUGGAGAACGAGAAGAAUUGCCUGCAAAGACAGCGGUCAAAACAGGCGCAAUUUGGGGCGUGCGGCAGAAUUCUCGUCACUGUGCUCGAAGGCUUCAACUUGAAAGCUCCAUCCGUUUGCGAGAGACUUCCACAAGGUAGGCUGAUGCUAGUAGUUAUGGAGGCUGAAGAUCUUGCCAUUGGCGUGAAAGGAAAGUGUAAUGCAUUCUGCAAAGUGUCUAUGGGCUCUCAAGAAGAAAGAACGAGUGUCGUAUCCGGAAGUGAUUGUCCUUUGUGGGAUGCUUCGAUGCAAUUCCAAGUAAAAGAUUUGAUCGAAGAUACUCUCUGCAUCACCGUAUUCGACAAAGGAUACUAUAGUCCUGACGAGUUCCUUGGUCGCGCUGAGAUCAGAGUGGCUGACAUAAUGAGAGACAGCAAAAAUUCUUGCGGGCCAAUCCAAAAGAGGAUUAAGUUGCAUGAAGUCGAAAGCGGCGACGUCGUUCUCAAGCUUGACCUUCGACUGUUUGGAUAAGACUGUUUAGUAGACAAGAGCUUCUAAUCUAAAAGUACGCAUUUAUAUAAAAAUAUAUAUAAGUAUAUAUAUAUAUAUAUAAGACUUGUAUAAUGAAGUACGUAAUAGAGAAAAGAUCGUAAGAUAGAAAAAA